GAUUUUGGUUCUCUCUGCAGCUCUGUGGUGUAACUGCACCACACCAAAGUGUGUGAAGGAUGGGUAUAAGUGCGAGACCACGGGGGCGUGCAUGGCCUCCACCUCAGUCAUUGAAGGACAGGAACAGCAUGUGCAGCUCUGCAUUGAGAAGGAGAACCUGGUUCCUCCGGGACAGCCGUUCUACUGCCUCAGCGCCGAGGGACUGAUGAACACACACUGUUGUUACUCUGAUUACUGCAACCGCAUCGACUUCAUACUACCAACCGUGACUCAAGGAGCAGGUUCAGAGCAGGACUGGGGGCCGGUGGAGCUCACUGCUGUGGUGGUGGGGCCAGUGUUUGUGGUGUGUGUGCUGGUUCUGCUGGGUUUCUUCUUCUUCCAUCAUCACCAGCGAGCCUACGGUCACCGGCAGAUACUGGAGGUAGAGGAUCCCAGCACUGAACACAUGUUCCUGGCCAAGGACAAGACUUUACAGGACCUCUUCUACGAAAACUCCACCUCAGGAUCAGGUUCGGGUUAGCAUCGCAGGAGAAGUGUGCUGGAUGGUUUGUUUAUGCAUGAGAUUUUAUUGAUGAGGGUCAUAAAAGCCAUCUGUUCUGGACACCUGUUUGUACACCCCCCUCCCCUCCCUGUACAGCCCAGUGACUUAAAUAUGAACUUAUGAACCUGAGAAGGAAUUUCGAUGGGAGGGAAAAUGUGUUGGGGAACUAUGUGCUUUUUUUCAACAUUAAAAUGUGAAAUCAUGAAAAUGGUAUAAGGGGUGUUUUUAUUAAGGUUUUAAAUACACAAUACACGCAUUUCAAGACAAAGGUUAUAAACACAGCCUAAAUGGAAACAAUGUAAUGAUCGUUUUCAUACUCGGAAAAGUGUAAAAACUGUGUUAAAGUUGUUACAAAUUAAAUAAAAAGAAAACUAGGUUACUGGUUAUUUAUCUAAAACAACUAAACAAGUCAAAAACUACUAGAUACGUUCGUUAAGCAACACAUGGAAAAGAUGUGAGAGCUUGUGGUAUUACUAUUCAAAAAGGUGUUUUGUUACCAGUUGGAAAAGAAAGCUAGGCUACAGAGUUUUAUAACAUUUGUACCUUACCUCAAACUUAAAAAAAGAAGCGAAUGUAAAGCACCGAUACAAAACAAAAGUUGCCGUUUGUCAGAAACGUCUAACGAUGUUAGAAAAAGUUAAAAUGAAAGAAAAAAAGAUGGUAGGCAUUUACGUGCAAAAAAGAAAAAAAGAUCUCCUAGCAAAGUGUUACAACAUCUCCGUUGAAUCGACUUCACAGCAUCGCUGACACACUUAGAAUGAGGCUUGGGAAUGCUUCGGAAAAGCCACGCCUACAGCCCUGCCCUCUCUAACACUGGAGGCGUGAUAGUAGCAGCAAAUAGAUUUAAAUGUAUGUUAAAAUGAUUAAACUAAGUAGUUUUUAAUAAAUAGACAUCAGUUCUUAAUUAGUGAAAUGUUAUAUCCAUUUAAACAUAAGACCAAUUUUUACUUUUAAAUGAUGUAGGCCUAUAGAAAAAAGUAGGUC